CCGUUUCUGAAACAUAAAAACGUCUUGUUUCCUCAUUCUAAGUACAAAACAACACGCAGUUUCUGUAUCUAUCAGAUUUCUGUUUUCUUCUUCUUCAUCAUCACUCGCUCUGCGCUGCGUUCAAUCAGAACUCUCUGACCAUCCCAAAGCAAAAGCUUCAGCGAUCUUCAUCGUCUGGUUUCGAACCUUAAGUGGAGAUGGGUUUCAUAAUGGAAUUUGCGGAGAACUUGGUGCUAAGGUUAAUGGAGAAUCCAGAGGAGAGAGACAGGAAAGCGAGGGAACACAUAUAUGAGAUGCAUGAGAGGUGUAAGAAGAUUAAGGAGAUGUGGGCAUUACCUAUUCGUCCUUAUGGAUUCUGGACUUUUGAGCGUCACAACGCUCAGCUUCGUUGGGAUCCUCAGAUCAGUCAGGUCGCUGGUCGAAGGGAUCCUUAUGAUGAUCUUCUUGAGGACAACUACACUCCUCCUCCUUCCUCAUCUUCAGACUAAUCAACCAAUGAAGGAAGAUGUUCUAUGCUGCCUGGAUGGAUGCAUGUCUGUUUUCAAGCAAUUUUUCUCGGAAUUGUACUCUCUUCUGUUUCUAUUUGUUCUUAAGGUGUCUGGGAGCUUGGUAUCAAGACUCAAAUAAUAACUCCACACUUUUUUUUACGAACGAGAAAGAAAUAAUGCUCAUUGGUUAUUAGUAAAGUUGUUUUGAUUCCCCAUC